AUGGCUAGGAGGAAGGUUAAGCUGGCAUUUAUGCAAAAUGAUGCAGCCAGGAAAGCCACCUACAAGAAAAGGAGGAGUGGGAUAAUGAAGAAGGUGAAGGAGCUGAGCACGCUGUGCGAUGUGACUGCGUGCGCCAUUGUGUACGGGCCCUACGAACCAAAGCCAGAGGUUUGGCCUUCCCCCCCAGAAGCCAAACAUGUGCUGACUCGGUUCUUGAGCUUGUCCGGAAUGGAUAAAUAUAAGAAGAUGAUGAACCAAGAAGAGUUCCUCAGGGAGAGUAUCGCCAAGCUCAGGGAGAAACUGAAAAAGCUAGUCAUGGACAACAAAGAGAAAGAGAACACCAAACUCAUGUUCGAGUGCUUGGCAGGUCAAAAGGAUCUAAACGAUCUGAGCCUCGAGACUCUGGGCGAUCUGGCAUGGCUCGUUGAUAGCAAGAUGGAGAUCAUUCAAGAUAGGAUCCAACUCCUCAGCAUGUCCCCACCUGUUGUUCCCCCUCUCCCUCCCCCUUCCCAUCCCCAGUACAUGAUGAACAUGCCCAACACUCCUGUUGCUGUUGUUGCUACCAAAGAUGAAGUGACUAGCGGUGGAGGAGAUCAGGUGGAGGCCAUGGAUUUGAAUCUGAAAUAUGAUGAACCACAAUGA